UAUAAAAGAGCAGCCGGCUCCAUCUCACUGCCUUCUCCAACCAGAUUCAGCAGCCAAAAAUUCUCAUUAGUCGCAGCAAGAAGCCAGCAGCGUGAGAAUGAGAGAAAUCGUCCACAUUCAGGCUGGCCAAUGUGGCAACCAGAUCGGUGCUAAGUUCUGGGAAGUCAUCAGUGAUGAGCAUGGAAUUGACCCCAGUGGGAAUUAUAUGGGCGACUCAGACCUGCAGCUGGAGAGGAUUAGUGUCUACUACAAUGAAGCUUCUUCUCUUAAGUACGUACCCAGAGCCAUCCUAGUGGAUUUGGAACCAGGCACAAUGGACAGUGUUCGAUCAGGGCCUUUUGGACAUCUCUUCAGACCAGAUAACUUUAUUUUUGGGCAAAGUGGAGCUGGAAACAACUGGGCAAAGGGUCAUUACACAGAAGGUGCAGAGCUUGUAGACUCUGUCCUUGAUGUGGUGAGAAAAGAAUGUGAAAAUUGUGACUGUUUGCAAGGUUUUCAGCUUACGCACUCUCUGGGUGGAGGUACAGGUUCUGGCAUGGGAACCCUGCUCAUUAGCAAAGUACGAGAAGAAUAUCCUGACCGAAUCAUGAAUACUUUCAGUGUUGUUCCUUCUCCAAAAGUCUCUGACACAGUGGUAGAGCCAUACAAUGCCACCCUCUCCAUCCACCAGCUUGUGGAAAACACAGAUGAAACCUACUGCAUUGAUAAUGAAGCUCUCUAUGACAUCUGCUUCCGGACCCUCAAACUUGCAACACCCACUUAUGGAGACCUCAACCAUUUGGUAUCAGCUACCAUGAGUGGGGUCACCACUUCCCUGAGAUUUCCAGGACAGCUUAAUGCCGAUCUGAGAAAGCUUGCGGUGAACAUGGUACCUUUCCCUCGACUCCAUUUCUUUAUGCCAGGAUUUGCUCCUCUUACUGCCCGAGGAAGCCAACAGUAUAGGGCAUUAACUGUCCCAGAACUCACUCAGCAAAUGUUUGAUGCCAAAAAUAUGAUGGCUGCUUGUGAUCCCCGUCAUGGUAGGUACCUGACAGUGGCCACAGUCUUCAGGGGAAAGAUGUCCAUGAAGGAAGUUGAUGAGCAGAUGUUAGCUAUCCAGAGCAAGAACAGCAGCUACUUUGUGGAAUGGAUUCCCAACAAUGUUAAAGUGGCUGUUUGUGAUAUUCCACCUCGUGGACUCAAGAUGUCCUCCACUUUCAUUGGCAACAGUACUGCAAUUCAGGAGCUCUUCAAGCGGAUCUCAGAGCAGUUCACAGCUAUGUUCCGCAGGAAGGCAUUCUUGCACUGGUACACUGGUGAAGGUAUGGAUGAGAUGGAGUUUACUGAAGCAGAGAGUAACAUGAAUGACCUGGUGUCUGAAUACCAACAGUACCAAGAUGCUACAGCUGAUGAAGAAGGGGAGAUGUACGAGGAUGAUGAAGAAGAAUCUGAAGCACAUGGUCCAAAAUGAAAUGUGAAUCAUUCAUGUCCAUUGAGAGGAUUUGAAAACAGUUUACCCUAGAUCUUCACAUCAGGCUUUUACUUGUCUUUAUUACGAAUUAGCUCAGUUACAGUGCCUUGUAAAAGUAUUCAGUCCCCAACCCUUUGUUAACAUAAAUGAGUAUUACAACCAGAGAUUUUGAUCAAUUUAACUGAGACUUUUAAUUUGUGAAUCACGUGCUCCUUCCCCCCGUCCCACAGUAGAGCCCAAGAUCAAGGAAAAUUGUAAAGCAUAAAAAACUAAAAAUUAAAACCCAGGAAUGUCAGCAGUUCAAAACUAUUCAUUCCCCCUUUGCUCAGUACUUAGUUGAACCACCUCUCGCAACUACAGUGGUACUAGAAAGUUGGUGAACUGUGUAGAAUUUUUUCUAUUUUUGCAUAAAUGUGACCUGAAAUGUGAUCAGAUCUUCAUGCAAGUCCUAAAACUAGAUGGAGAACCCAAUUCAAUAAAUAACACAAAAACAUUAUACUUGUUCAUUUAUUUAUUGAGAAAAAUGAUCCAAUAUUAUAUGUAUUGGAAAAAGUAUGGGAACCUUUGUUUUCAGUAACUGGUGUGACCACCCCCCCCCCCCUUGUACAGCAAUAAUUUCAACCAAAUGUUUCCAGUAGCUAUUGAUCAGUCCUGCACAUCAGCUUGGAGGAAUUUUAGGCCAUUCCUCCUCACAAAACUGCUUCAAGACUGGGAUGUUGGUGGGCUUCCUUGCAUGAACUACUUGCUUCACGUCCUUCCACAACAUUUCUACAAGAUUAAGUUUGGGACUUUGAUUCUGUUGUUCCAAAAUGUGAAACAUCUUCUACUUUAACCAUUCUUUGGUAGACUGACUUGUGUGUUUAGAUUCAUUGUCUUACUGCAAGACCCACUUUUUCUUGAGCUUCAGUUCACAGAUGGAUACCCUGACAUUCUCCCAUAGAAUUUGCUGAUAUAAUUCAGAAUUCAUGGUUCUAUUAAUGAUGGCAAGCCAUCUUGGUCCCAAGGCAGCAAAGCAGGCCCAAACCACAAUACUGCCACCACCAUGCUUCAUAGAUGGGAUGAGGUUCUUGUGCUGGAACACAGUGUUUGCUUUUCACCAGACAUAACGCUUCUCAUUUAAGCUAAAAGGUCCUAAUUUGGACUCCUCCGUCCACAGAACAUUCUUCCAAUGGCCUUCUGGCUUUCCACAUGGUCUUUAGCAAACCUUAGACAGGCAGCAAUGCUCUUCUUGGAGAGCAGUGUCUUUCUCCUUGCAGUCCUGCUGUGCACACCAUUGUUUGAGUGUUUGUCUAAGGGUGGGCUCAUGGACACUGGCAUCAGCCAUGACAAGAGAGGCCUGUAGCUCCUUAUAGAUGUUACCCUGGGGUUCUUUGUGACCUCCUGCUGUAUUACACGCCUUGCCAUUGGAGUGAUUUUAUUUUUUUUGUUGUUGGUCGACCACUCCUGGGCAGAGUAACAACAGUGUUGCAUUUCCUCCACCGGUACAUCAUCUGCCUGACUGUGGAUUGGUGGAGCCCAAACUCUUCAGAAAUGAUUUUGUAUGCUUUUCCAGCCUGGUGGAAACACCUAACCCUAAUUUCCCCUCUAACUGAAAUGAUAAUCCUAGAGGUUCACAUACUAUUUCCAACAAAUACAUAUAAUAUUGGAUCAUUUUUCUCAAAUAAAUGAAAAAGUAUAAUGUUUUUUGUGUUAUUUAUUUUAUAUAAUUUAUUUUGUGUUAUUUCUCUUUAUCUAGUUUUACGACUUGCCUGAAGAUCUGAUCACAUUUUAUGUCAUACUUAUGCAGAAAAAGAGAAAAUUCUAAAGGGCUCACAAACUUUUUUUUAGCACCACUGUAUUACAGCCUGUAGUCUUCUUGUACAAGUAUCUAUUACUGUAGCUUUGCACAACGUGAUUGUAAAAUGGAAGCAGGUUCACAGGUUGGUGAGUGAGACAGAAAACACUGACUGCAAAUCAAAAAAAACGACCAAAUAUUUAAGUCCCCCAAGUUGCACAAACUACAGAACUAUAUAUUCAACAGAUAUUUUGUAGAAAGUGCAUGCAGGACAUACCUUCCCAGUGGUUCUGUGAGGCAUGCACUGGGAACAAAGGAAAAGAGAGUGAAUCUCUUGCACGUUACUCUUGUACCACCAAGGUGCUUGAGACCGGACUCUAGGUGCCGUGGUGCGUAAGCCAACGAAUGGGAAGAGUGGCUGUAGUUUUCAAAUGCACCAAUCAACAGCCUAUACGGUGGAAGUGGCAUUUGAAUGGCAAAUAAACCACGCCUCCACACUACAGUGAUGGAGCAAGAUUUGCCCACCUUCCCUUGCAACACUGCUGAAGAUGUGCCAGGUCAGUCGGGGGGUGGCAGUGGACAACAAUCCUGACAUCUUCCUAGAGAUGUUUGAUCAGAUUAAAGGCAGGAGUCUUCACUGGGCCACUCAAGGACAUCAGUUUUCUUCAUUUGAAGCCACUCUAUGGUUGCUCUGGCAGCGUGCUUUGUGGUAUUGUCCUGCAGAAAGACUAACUUCUUCCCCAGUUUAAUCUUUGUGGCAGAGGCCAGCAGAUUUUUAUUCAGUAUCUCUUUGUAUUCAUCAGCAUUCAUCUUCCCCUCAUUACUGACCAGCUUUCUAGUCCCUGCUGCUGAAAAGCAUCCCCACAGCAUGAUUCUACCUCCGCUGUAUUUUACAGUAAGGGAUGGUGCUAUCUGGCUGAUGCACAGUAUUAGAUUUACGCCAUACAUACCACAGUGUUGAAGCCAAAUGUGUUCCACUUUAGUCUCAUUCGACCACAAGACCUUCUCCACAUCUUUACGGUACCUUCUUAGUAGCACUUUGUAAAAUCUUUAUGGGCAAGGAUAUGUUUUAUUUAGCCAGGACUACUUCUUUGCCAUUCUUCCAUAAAUACCCUUUUUGUGCAAGGCCUUAGAGAUUCUGGAGCCAUGAACUUCAUGUCCAGUGUAGCUCACUCAGAGUACUGUGGUGUCACAGUAGCCUCUCUUACAAGUGCCAUUCUCCUCUGGAGAGGGAUGGUCUGACAUGGGCAGUGUGGCUGUAGUUUGAUAUUUUUUCCGCUUUUUCACGUUGGACUGCGCUGAGAUCCGAGGUACGUUCAGUGCCUUUGAGAUGGUCUUGUACUCUUCCCCUGAUUUGUGGUUCUUUAUUUCCCCAACUUGUCUUGAAUGCUCUUUUGUCUUCAAUGUGGCUUAGUCUGUUGAGAAUAUUCCAUACUGUUAGAUCUUAGAGAGGGGGUAUUUAUUCUUAUGAAUUCAUUUAAAUACUAUUUUCUACAUCAACAAAUUGGGCAAAUUAUUAAGGUAAUAUAUAGGUUGCACCUAAGGAAAGUUAGUGUAGUAAUUAUAUUUUCAGCCUCAAUUGUGGUUUUUAAUUUUCAGUAAAUUAUUGACAGAUUUAGGAAUUUUUCUUUUGAUUUGACAUGAUGCACAAUGUUUUGUAGAUUAGCUCAAAAAAUCCUACUUCAAAAUGAGACAAUAAAAUGUGAAGAGUUGUAGGGACUGAAUAUUUUUUCAAGGCACUGUAUAGAUUACUUGCUUCCAGCUAGCCUUAUCCUGUUAUCCUCUUUACUCUCAGUAUUGGUCACCAACCAACUGUAUAAGUUCUGGAUAUUUAAAACUCCAACUUUAUUUUAAUAACAUGAAUUCCUAAUUUUAUUUUUUAACUGUUUUGCCAGUUAAUUUUUGAAUAUUUAAUAAAUUAUUGCUGUGAAACCUUUUCUGAUGUUGUACAUUUAACACAAAUUUAUGUAACUUGGAAGUUUUCCCAUUUAUUUAGAUUGACAGAAAUCAACAUGUAUGGCAAAUGAUACAUUUUCAGUAUUUCACAUGUCUAUAGACCAGACAAUAAAGACAUAUCAAAAUAUACGUGCAUACAAAAAUAAACCUGUUCUAAUACCCCAGACUGCUUUCAGCACAAUAUAAAUGUUUAA